GAGAGAAGGCGUCGGAUCUACGGGGCUGUGCGUGCGCGGACAUCCGCUAAGAUUCAGUGCGCUUCAGAAGUCUGUGUCCAGAGGUCGUCAAAAGUAGGGUCUGCAUUGGUUCAGUGUGACGAAAAAUCUUUGGAUAUGUUUGCUGCCACCUUGAUCGGUGCAAUAACUCUGGCGACAGGCGUUGUGUCGUUCCCUCACGACCUUCAACACGCGGCGACAGAGUCGAGCAACGAUCCUUUCGGUCAAUAUCAGUACCUCGUGCUGCUCGUUCAAGACAGCUCUCCACAGUCGACGCACACAUCAUUCGGUGAAUCUGCAUCGAGUAUACCUUCGUCAUACCCAUAUCGUGCACCGCCUAAGAACCAAGCGCCCGCGAGCCAGUGGCAUUCCUUCUUGUUCGGUCCCGAAAGCCUGCAUCGUGGGAAUACUCAAGCAUAUUCCGCCGAAGAUAUCAUUGGAGGAAAUGGACUCGACUUCAACUUCGGGGAUCAUCAGUCUGCUGCGCCUCAGCUGAAUCGUCCGCCUAGACCGAGUUUCCCAAGCCAUCUGGAAGGCAUCCAGAGCAACCAUCCGCAGGGAACUGAUUACUGGAAUAACUUGCAAGGCGACCAUUCGCAAUGUCCCGUAAUAAACUCCUGUCCUGCUAAAUACGGCUGCUAUGUUCGACAGAAGCCUGGACGAUGUGCUUACUGCAAGUGCGAGUCUCGAACCCCCAACAAACUCCAUGAACGCUAAUCGAGGCGCAACCGAUUCCUCUGAAUAACUUAUUGGAGGCGACGUCGACGGAUCGUGGCGCGGAACUGAUCGAGGCAGAUGUUGUCGACAGGCUUUCAGAAAUCAUACCUACAAUCAUUUGAUUGGAGUGGACCCAUCGUCCCAUUGAUUGGAGAAUUCCUUCCUUACUCAUCACAGGAGAUGAUGCCGAUUCCCUCGACGGGGAGCAAUUAUUUUCGCUCGCCACCUAGUGAUCCAGAGUCUAUGUGUGCCAUCAUUCGUCGACCGUCUCCUCGUUGGGAGGAGAUCGACUCGAAACCGGACAUGCUAUCAAAAGACUGGGUUUUUCUUCUGUAAAUAAGCUCCAGGAAUCGAGUCGAGAGGAAUAAAGUGGUU